AUGGCACAAGUAGCAAAACCAACAACCACUAAAAAUAAUACUGGUGGAAAUUUCCAAGACAAAGAUAAACCUAUGGAAGUUCGCAUGUCAAACAUAACUGCUGCAAAAGCUGUUGGUGAUGCUAUUCGUACUUCGUUAGGUCCCAGAGGCAUGGAUAAGAUGAUUCAAACUGGUAAAGGUGAAGUUGUUAUUACUAAUGAUGGUGCUACUAUCCUUAAGCACAUGGCUGUCCUUCAUCCAGCUGCCAAGAUGCUUGUUGAUUUAUCUGCUGCACAAGAUGUUGAAGCUGGUGAUGGCACUACCUCUGUUGUUGUUUUAUGUAGUUCUUUAUUAGCAGCCGCCGAGAAAAUGUUGAAUAAGGGCAUUCAUCCUACCACCAUUGCCGAAUCAUUCCAAAGAGCUGCUGCUAAAGCAGUAGAAUUUUUAACUGAAAUGGCUACACCUGUUGAUUUAAGUGAUCGUGAAUCACUUUUGAGAGCAGCUUCUACUUCACUUAAUUCUAAGAUUGUCUCUCAAUAUUCUACAUUGUUAGCUCCUAUUGCUGUCGAUGCUGUCACACGUGUUAUUGAUCCCGCUAUUGCUAAUAAUGUCAACUUGAAUGAUAUUCGUGUUGUUAAGAAAGUAGGUGGUACUAUUGAUGACACAGAAUUAGUGGAUGGUCUUGUCUUGAAUCAGAAUGUCGUUCGUUCUGCUGGUGGCCCUAGUCGUAUGGAAAAGGCUAAGAUUGGUCUUGUUCAAUUCCAACUUUCUCCUCCUAAACCUGAUAUGGACAAUCAAAUUGUUGUUAAUGACUAUAGACAGAUGGAUAAGAUUCUUAAAGAAGAACGUCAAUAUCUUUUGAAUAUGUGUAAAAAGAUCAAGAAAUCAGGUUGUAACGUACUUUUGAUUCAAAAGUCCAUUUUACGUGAUGCUGUCAAUGAUUUGGCACUUCAUUUCUUAUCCAAGUUGAAGAUUAUGGUGGUUAAAGAUAUUGAACGUGAUGAAAUUGAAUUUAUUGCUAAAUCACUUGGUUGUAAGCCUGUUGCUGAUAUUGAAUCCUUUUCAGAUGAUAAACUUGGCUAUGCUGAUCUUGUUGAAGAAGCCGAGAGUGCAGGUUCACGUAUUGUUAAGGUAACUGGUAUGAAACAUGCAGGUAAGACUGUCUCUGUUAUCUGUCGUGGUGCCAAUUCACUUGUUCUUGAAGAAUCCCAUCGUUCACUUCAUGAUGCUCUUUGUGUUGUUCGUUGUUUGGUAAAGAAGAAGUUCUUGAUUGCAGGCGGCGGUGCCCCUGAAAUCGAAAUCUCUCAAAAGUUAAUGGACUAUGCUAAAACAUUAACAGGUAUGGAACAAUACUGUUUCCAAGCAUUUGCUGAAGCCCUUGAGGUUAUUCCUACUACUUUGGCUGAAAAUGCUGGUUUGAACCCCAUCUCAAUUGUUACUGAAUUGAGAAAUAAGCAUGCUCUCGGUGAAAAGACAGCUGGUAUUAAUGUUAAGAAGGGAACAAUUACAAAUAUUUUGGAUGAAAAUGUUAUUCAACCUUUAUUAGUUACUUCAAGCGCUCUUGAAUUAGCUGCUGAAACUGUCAAAAUGAUCAUGAAGAUUGAUGAUUUGGUUCAAAGUCGAUAA